UGCGCAUUGGGGGAAAGCGGCGCUGGACCCCGCCCCAUACCGCUGCUCAGCUCCUCCGCUGUGCGAGCGAGGGACGUCGGGGGCGGUGCCGCUGCAGUUGCCCCUGGUAACGGGGGAGGCAGCAGCAGCUGCUGCUGCUGGAGGAAGAGGAGGAGGAGGAGGAGGGAUUCGGCGGGAGGAUGGGCUUACUUUCAAUUUUGCGCAAAUUGAAAAGUGCACCAGACCAGGAGGUGAGAAUCCUUCUUCUGGGCUUGGAUAAUGCUGGCAAGACUACUCUUCUGAAGCAGCUUGCAUCUGAAGACAUCAGCCACAUUACACCUACACAGGGUUUUAACAUCAAAAGUGUACAAUCACAAGGUUUUAAACUGAAUGUAUGGGACAUUGGCGGACAGAGGAAAAUCAGACCAUACUGGAGGAAUUAUUUUGAAAAUACCGAUAUUCUUAUAUAUGUAAUUGACAGUGCGGACAGAAAAAGAUUUGAAGAGACAGGUCAGGAACUAGCUGAAUUACUGGAGGAAGAAAAGCUAAGUUGCGUGCCUGUGCUCAUCUUUGCUAAUAAGCAGGAUUUGCUCACGGCAGCCCCUGCCUCUGAAAUUGCAGAAGGACUAAACCUGCAUACCAUCCGUGACCGGAUUUGGCAGAUCCAGUCUUGCUCAGCUCUCACAGGAGAGGGCGUUCAGAAGGGAGUUCCUGAGGACCCAUCUCAAGUUCAGAAGCUGGGCACUUCCCCUCCCAUUUCCCUCCCGAGUUCUUUGAGACCUGCCUCCUCCCAGAGGUCACUGUCCCUGGUCACCCAGGAUGGCAUGAACUGGGUCUGCAAAAAUGUCAAUGCAAAGAAGAAGUGAAAUCUAAACAAAUGGAGAUGCAGGAGCUGUGGGAGCCGAAUUCGGUCCUGAAAAACACUAAUUUGCUGCUUUCUGACCAAAUGUUUUUCCAUCUGUGUACAGCUACAGCUGUUUGAAGAGAGGGAACAACACAGUUUUAAAAGAAUCCCCAUUCUAGCAGUAGAUUUAACUGAUCUCUGAGGUUCAGUAUCAUUUUUCAAAUAAAGGAAUUAUAUUAUUUCCUCUGCAUAA